CCCCACCAGACAGUGACUAGACAACGCAGAACGCACACGCCAAGCAAAACACACAAGCAAACCAAUUCCCCCUUCGCCGCCGCCGCCGCCUCGCCGCCGGCAAUGGCGUGGCUCGCGCGCUCUAUCGCCAACUCCCUCCUCGCCCCCGAGGAGCCGGACGACGGCGAAGACCUCCCCCCGUCCGCCGCCUCCGCCUCCGCCUCGGCAUCCGCGUCCCCGCCUCGCGGCGUCCGCGAGGACCUCUCGGAGCUCACCGACGCCCUCGCCAACCGCUUCCAUGGCCUCGCCUCCUUCCUCGCGCCGCCGCCCCACGCCGGAGGCGGGAGAGGGAUCCCGCGCGCGCCUGACCCGGCCGAGAUCGCCGGCCGGUUCCGCGCCGGCCUCGCGCGGCUCCCCGGGCGUCAGGCCGUCGCGGAUCUCGCCAAGAUCGCCUCCUCGCUUCUUCCCCCCGAGGCGGCGGAGGCCGAGGCGGCCGGGUUCACCGAGGAGGCGGUCGCCUUCGCGCGGGACGCCGCCACGCGGCCCGAGCUCUGGCUCGACUUCCCCCUCCUCCCCGACGACGACGACGAUUUCGACAUGACCGACGCGCAGCAGGACCACGCGCUCGCCGUCGAGAGCGUGGCGCCGGAGCUGGCCGAUCUGCGGAUCGAGCUCUGCCCGAGCCACAUGAGCGAGGGAUGCUUCUGGAAGAUCUACUUCGUGCUGCUCCAUCCCAAGCUCAGCAAGGACGACGCCGACCUCCUCUCCACCCCACAGAUUUUGGAAGCUAGAAAGAAGCUAUCACGCAAUUUGCAAUCUGAGUCAAAGCCAGACAGCAACGAAGACAUGGUAGCUGCUUCUUCCAGUAAUAUAGAUGGUAAUGUGCCUUCUCCUGUAGAGGUUGUGGGCAUAUUAAAGAAUGAAGAUGAUUCUGCAAGGGCCACAUCCUUCAGCAACGUCAACUAUGGCGCGCCUCAACCAGUAAUUCUGGAAAUGCAAUCAGAUGAUACACUCAAUGACUCUGGAGGUCUUCGCGCAGAUGACAUCACCAGCAGUGUACCUGUACAACUUGUGCCAGUAUUGAAAGAUGCUACUGAGUUCUCACAAGCCAGGAUGGAAGAAAGGAUCCAAGAUUUCACUGCACAAGAUACAGUAGCAAAUGAAGAGCCUGGACAGUUGUCUGGGAUAAAACUAGAGGAUAAUUCUGAAGAACGACAGAAACAGCCAUCGACCACUAACCUCAGUGAGCAAUCAAGAGUUGCCAUUCAGAAGAACAGUAACGAUGACGAUGAUGAUGACGAGGAUGAAUGGUUGGAAGAGGAGGAGACUGGUGGUGCAGGGAACACGAUGAUUCCAAUAGCAGAUGAUGAAGACGUGUCUUUUAGUGAUCUGGAGGAAGAUGAUGCCACAGCGUGACAACGUUAGCUGGUUUGGAUACUCUAGCUUCCUGCAUCUGAUGUUCUGGUUCCAUGACACGGCAAAAUACAAUGGGCUUGGCUGAGUUUUCGACUACAUGCUGCUGUUGCAAAAUUUACCUCCUCUCUUCUCUGUACGAAGUGAAUGCAAAUAUCAGCUUUGCAACUUGCUAUGCAAGACCCCAUUUUCUUCUCUUUUUUUGGGGAAGUUACUGAAGUGAGCCAGCUAGUGGUGUGAUUAGCAGUUGUACAGUGUGUAGAGACUAGAUCAUCUGAGGAAUUUGAUCAAUAUUAUCUGAUUCCUCCAACGUGUAUCAAAAUGAUGAAAUUCAAUUCGUCCUCUUUCAGUGAAAGAAAUAUACAGUCCAUGUUUAUAUUAUUAUACA